CAACAACAAAACUUUUUUCCUUUUAUGCAGUUUAAAACGCCCUUAAAUACUGCUUUUUGAUCUCAGACUCAUUUACUUUGAUGAGAGCUAAUCGUGUUUAUAAAUCUUUAUAGAAUCCUGCCAAAAACUCUGAGAUCCUCAGGGCAGGAGCCUUGGCUUUCUUUUGCAGAUCAGAAGUGUGUCGCUCCCUAACUUGAAUCUCUUCUAGCUCGCUGAAAGGCAAACCAAAAGCUGCUGAGUUUUCUUCAGUGGGAGACAGACUUGCAAGUGGUAAUGCUGAGAGGAUGGUAUGAGUAUAUUUGCAUAAAUCAUGAAGUGGUUUGGGUUGGAAGUGACCUUAAAGCCCAUUGGGUUCCAACUGCCUGUCAUGGGCUGGAUUGCUACCCACCAGCUGAGGAUGCCCGGAGCCCCAUCCAGCCUGACCUUGAGUGCCUCAGGGAAUGGGGCAUCCAUUGGGCAGCAGGGCCAGUGUCUCACCACUUUCUGAUUAAAUAAUUUCUUCCUGAUAUCUGAUUUAAAUCUCUCCUCUUUUAGUUUAAAGCUGUUCCCCCUUGUCCUGCCAUUCCAAUUCCAGAUAGAGUCCAUUUCCAGCUUUCUUGUAGGCCUGUUUUCAGAGGAGUCUGUUUAGGGAGGCGUACAGCAUUUUUCUCACUCAUCCUACUUUUAGAGCUCCUACGUAUGAGUGGAGCAUGUCUUUUGCAGCUCUUGAUCACUUAUAAUACAGAGCCAAACUUAGCCAGUCCACAUUUUAUUUUCUCUACCUAGUAGCACUUCUGUACAACAAUAAAAUAUUUCUUUGGAUUAGUGGGCACAGGAGAAGACAUCUGUUUCUUUUCCUUACUUCUAAUUCAUAGAAUAUGAUAGUUUAGAAUUAAGAGUGAAACUACCAGUGGGAUGGCCUUACAAAGCUGAGAGAUCUGAAUAGAAAGGCUGGCUGAUGAAUGUGGUGCUUGUUACAUGUGCAGCACACAGUGGAAAAUCAAAGUUUGAAAUUAACUUUGGUGGGAAGAGAGGAGAAGAGGAUUUGUGUUGUGUAUUUCAGAUUAAUAUUACUGAUGGUUAUGUGUUUGGUUUAAUGCAUUAAAUAGGUGCAGCUUUAUGGACAGCUGAACUGUUCAAAUGAUUUGGAACUUCAGUGGUAUUAUUAACUGUUCUUGAAAUUUCAAGUGAGAAGGCUUCUGGGCAAGCUUGUGGUAGAGUUUUAAUCAUUUUAGUUAACAGAAGAUAUUUGUUUGGCAUGUGACUAACAACUCUACACCCACAAAACUGGUUUGAAAUGAAAGCAUUAAAAGAAAGAAUGAAUGUUACAAGCGGUAAAGGGUUCUUGUUUGGACAUACAUGUUUAUAUAUGUACACUCUAGAGGAUUUUUUGUCUUUCAGAGAUAUAACAACAAUGAAAGGUACCAUCGUUGCUCAAGUUGAUUCAAGUGAGUCUUUCCAGGAGUUCUGCAGUACGUCAUGUUUAUCCUUCUAUGAAGAUAAACAGAAUCCUUCAAAAGGAGCUUUGAAUAAAUCAAGAUGCACUAUCUGUGGUAAACUAACUGAGAUUCGUCAUGAAGUUAGCUUUAAAAAUAUGACUCAUAAGCUGUGCAGUGACCACUGCUUCAAUAGAUACAGGAUGGCAAAUGGUUUAAUAAUGAAUUGCUGUGAACAUUGUGGAGAGUAUUUGCCCAGUAAAGGAGCUGGAAACAAUACUCUUACUAUUGAUGGUCAGCAGAAAAGAUUCUGCUGUCAGAACUGCGUUGGUGAAUACAAGCAGCUAAUCCAAAAGGGACAGGAUAGGUUUCCAAGAUACUAAAAACAUAGGCAUAUGCCCAGAAGCCAUGGGAAGACUUGAAGAAACGUUGAAUACUCUCUCUCGAAGAAACAAAAAGGCAUGAGAUUAUCUUUGAACUUGAGACAUUCCCACACAACCAGUAUAACAUGCACUGCAUAUGGAAUUAAGAAAUGAACGUGGAAUUUUGAGAGGUUGAAUGAUAAAUCUGUACUUCCAUUACAGACUGUACUCUGUUCAGAUGCUUUUUUUUACAUUGUGUUUAGAUGUGUAUUUGAGAAUGAGAAGGGUGUGGGUAGCAAGUCACAUAUUCUAGUUUGAUUUGGGGAGGAGGAACAGUUUGCAGAACAUUGGAAUCUUCAUAAGUAGUGGUGGAUAUUGCAUAUUAUUGUCCAGAUCCUUAAGAGAAGCUUUUAAAAUUCAGAAACACACUUUGUUUUGGUGCAUUCAGUUCUGACAGGAGGCUUUAUUCAAACAAGUUCUUAAUAUUUUUUUCUUGGUGCUGGGAAACUGUAACAGGCUGUGCGAAGCUUAACUCUAGUGCUUAUGUACAUCUUGUUUGGACUGGUGAUUAAAUGUAAUUAAUCACUGGUAGAUUUCAAAUGCUCAUGGAGCAUGAGAGUUUGGGGCUGUUUUUAAGGAAACUAAUUUUGAAUUAGGAGCUUUGUUAUUAUGUUGUUGUAGGUGCCAAAGUUGCUCAGGGUACAGCAGUUAGAAUUUCAAAGUAACUAGUUGUCUAGUGAGGUUCAUUUAAGCUUCCAUUUUCAUUAAGGUUUUUGAACUGAAUGUAUUCAAGGAAUUCUGUUUUUGAAAAGGAAUUUAGAUUUUGGAAAAUGUCACUGAAAACUCAUUGGGCCAUGAUGGGUAAACUAUAGAUUUCUUUAUUCAGUAGUAACAGUAUUUUCUUGGAAAUUUUUGAUUCAGAUCUGGCUGUUAAGGAAGGAGAGAAUAUGGGAGAGUUGCUGUACUGAAAUAAACACUGGAGUCAAUAAUGUAGGAAAAGUUGAUGUCAUUUGAUUACAGCGUUGUGCUAUACAACUUGUUACUGUGUGUCACAUAAGUUUCAGCAAAUGUUUUCUUACGUUACUGUAAAAUAAAUAGGUUUUGCUGGUAUGAGCUUUGUGUUAAGCAGUUUAUAUUGUAAAUGUCAUAAGACUAUCACUAUGCUUUACUUUUGUAGCAGCAAUAAACGAAAACUGGUUUUUAUUACUUGUACCUAUCUAUAUACCUCAUCCCUAUUUUUUGAAUAAAUAUUACACUGAUUUGAACAAUCGAUUUUUAUCAACUUAUCAUGGACAGUUUUUCUUCUUUUCUAAGAUGUGCAUAAUAAAAAUUACUGUGGCUAUUGGAAUAGCCACUGAGCUCAAGUGA